CCGCCCGCGGGGGCCCUCUCGGUGGUUUUCCCGGCGGCCCUUGCGCUCACGGCCGCGAAGACUUCCGGAGCGGGGUGACGUCCCGAGAGGCCUUUCCUGCGCACCACGCGGCGGGGGCUGUAGGGUCGAGGGCGGUGCGUGGUGACCUUUGCCCGGCGGAGGCACCGGGUGGAGAAAGAGCUAAGAAAGGAGCAGGACCGGCGGGAGCUGCUUAACUGCAAGGGAUCUCGGCCACACUGCUGCCAUCAAGCCAGAUGCCUUCUUGCACUUCACCAGACCAGGGAGAGGACCUGGAGACCUGUGUUCUAAGGUUUUCUGACCUGGAUUUAAAAGAUACAAGUCUUAGUAGGCCCAACAGCAAUCUCAAAGCAGAGUUAGAUGGCAGUACCAAGAAGAAAUACUCAUUUGCAAAGAAAAAGGCUUUUGCCCUUUUUGUCAAAACCAAAGAAGUUCCAACACGUCCUUUAGGAGGUAAAGAAAAAUGGUGGCAAUGCUGUCAGCACCUGUUCACAGACCGGAGCAGCAUCCAUAGGCACGUGGCAACACAACAUGCUGAUGAAAUGUACCAGCAGACUGCGUCUGUUUUAAAGCAGCUGGCUGUGACCCUGAGCACGUCAAAGAGCCUUACGGCUGCUGACCAACAAAACCCCGUGGAAGGGCACCUUCCUCGCAGCCAUGACGUGUCUGCUUGGCUCCCUGAUACAAGCUGCAUCAGUGCUAAUGAGCUGAUAAGUGGCCAGGGCAGUGAUGAAGGGGAGGUGCUUCUCUAUUACUGCUACUGUGACCUGGAGGAUCCGCGCUGGGUGUGUGCCUGGCAGACAGCUCUGUGUCAGCAGCUGCACCUCACGGGCAAGGUUCGAAUCGCUAAAGAGGGGAUCAAUGGGACAGUUGGUGGAAGCACAUUGGCCACGAGACUCUACGUGGAAGUCAUGCUUUCUUGUCCAUUAUUUAAGGGCUAUCUCUGUGAGGAUGAUUUUAAGACCAGCAGAGGAGGAGCUUGCUGUUUCCCAGAACUGCGCGUCGGUGUGUUUGAAGAGAUUGUGCCCAUGGGGAUCAGCCCAGAUAAGACCUCCUACAAGAAGCCUGGAAUUCAUUUAUCUCCAAGUGAAUUUCAUAAAGAAGUAGAAAAGUUUUUAUCUCAGGCCAAUCAAGAACAAAGUGAUACUAUUCUACUAGAUUGCAGAAACUUCUAUGAAAGCAAAAUAGGACGGUUCCAGGGCUGCUUAGCCCCAGACAUCAGGAAAUUCAGCUAUUUCCCUGACUAUGUCGACAAAAAUCUGGAUGUUUUCAGAGAGAAGAAGGUGCUGAUGUACUGCACUGGGGGCAUCCGUUGUGAGCGGGGUUCAGCCUACCUCAAAGCCAAGGGAGUGUGUAAGGAAGUGUUCCAGCUCAAGGGUGGCAUCCACAAGUAUCUGGAAGAGUUUCCUGAUGGUUUUUACAGAGGGAAGUUGUUUGUUUUUGAUGACCGUUACGCCCUGUGCUACAACAGUGAUGUGGUGUCAGAAUGUUCAUACUGUGGAGCCCCCUGGGACCAGUAUAAACUCUGCUCUACCACACAGUGUCGCCAGCUUGUGUUGACCUGCCCUGCCUGUCAAGGACAAGGAUUCACAGCCUGUUGUGUCACGUGUCAAGACAAAGGGGGCAGGCAGGCCCCAGGCUCCACCCAACACAGCUUUAAGGAGGAAUGUGAGUGCACAGCCCGGCGGCCGCGCAUACCGAGGGAACACAUGGCAGGCAUGCCUCCCUGUGGGCCAUGCUCAUAGGCGUGGCCCCUGCGCGACAGCUCACCACAUAUAGCAGAACGUCAGGCUACAGAAGCAGACAAGUUGGCAAGUUCACUCCUGGCCAGUGCCACCGUGGCAUACUGGUUGCCAUAUUGGCCACCUAUACUUCUCAGGGUAGAGAGAGGGGCUCAAGGGCUGACUGCCUGCUUACCCGAAACACUGUGACUUCUAUGGCAGAGCACAGAACAAGGUGAGCUGCUGGAUCCCCAAGCUGCUGCUAGUGCAGGCCCGAGCCUGGUGACCAUGUCCUGCCCCCUCUCUGCCAUGCAGGAGGGCUGGGUCACUGGCCUUGUCAACAAACCUGUCCAUCCUGGUGGCAAAAAUGGGAAAGCUGUGGCCCAGGAGUGACUCCUAAACCAGGCCUGUUGGUUCACCUGCCAUCAGCACUCCCGCCUCAGCUGUCUCCUCCGACAGAGGAUUUGCAAGCUGGCAUUUGGCCCGUCUCCUACUUUUGUAAAUAAAGUUUGUUGGAAUAGCCUUGCCCAUUCCUUUACAUUUGCCCUGUGGCCAAACUGAACAGUUAUGCCAGAGACCAUGUGGGCCCACAGAGUCGAGGGUAUUUACCGUCUGAUCCUUUAUAGAAAAGCUACCAAGUCCAGGUCUAGACACCCGGCCUGAGGACACUGGCAUUUGGGCAGUUUGUCAGUCUCCACCUGGGAUAUGAGACACAUCGCAGGUCAUUCAGCACUGCCAUGAUGGCUGGCCAGCCUGCCACCCAGGUCCCAAGGAACACACCCAGCCGGCCGUAGACCAACAGGUUUAAUGUUAUGUUGCAGUUUCCAGUGAUGCCAAAUGCAGCUGCAGUUGUGUUUCAGGGAGAAGCCAAGUAGGGCUGGCUGUCCUCGCAGCCUGGUGCCACUCCUGGGCCCCUGUGCAGCCCCAGUAGAUGCUGUCCCAUGGUGGUGGGGCCUGGCCUCACCUCCAGUUACCCUGUCCCAUCCGUGUCCUUGGAGCUCAGUGUGCAAGACUUUUCUGUCUUCAUCUGAAGCCUCUUAACUCUGCUCAUCGGCUCUCUGGCCUCGUCCUUUGGAAGAUUCACUGAAUCACUAAUGAAAGUAACUCCCCAAAGCAACAACAGAAGUACUAGUUAACUGGCACUGUGGUGUCACAAGGCACAAGGGCACUGUGGCUUAACUUUUUUUUUUUUUUUUGCUGGAUCCCAAGAGAUGCACAUGAUGUGUAAAAGGGAUCUGGCAGGUGGUUACAUUUUCAGAGUAAUCAUCUUGGGGCGGUUUGGCCAGGAUUUCCUGCUUCUUUCACAUCUGGAUUUUCAUCACCGUCAUCCUCCAGAGGUGUAAGUUGCCGGCGCGUGGUCAGUGGUGAUCAGUCUAAUAAGGGAUGAGACAGUUAAGUCUGGGCUUGGCCGUGCUAUGCUGCAAAGUGUCCCUCAGGGUGUUGCCUCUCUUAGGCCAUUGGCCCACUGUGCACUAGAGAAAGGCGGUCUCCAGUGCUCGGUGCGGCUUCUCCCCCCUGGAUAAGGUGACAUUCAGGAGGGAAAGAGUCCCGACUCCAGUGUGGAGUUGAAAAUCAUCCCGUGUGCUCAUGAAGAACACUGUGGGGUAGGUUUGUUGCCUGGGAUUGGUCAGGACAGGGUGGUUUCUGAAACUUGAGAGUUUCCAUUGGCCUUUCCUAUCAUCUCUUCACACCCAGCAACAGGAACCUCAUGCUCCCCAGUUCAUUCCGGCAGAGCUCUGGCUUCAGUCUUUCUUGAGGGGAGAAU